AUGUAUUUCAUCACUGGAUCAUCUGGGAUUCCAAACAUCCCAGACUUGGCGGCUUUUGCAGAGGUUGAUGGUGUUGAGGUUGGUUACUGUGACAUCAACAACCAAACAAUACAGCCAAGACAGGACUGGGUGAAACAAGCGUUAGAUAAUUACCACGGGCACUUGAGAAUGUACACUUAUUACUGUUUUUACAAUCUACCAGACUUCUUCACAGAAUUUAUUUCUAUACUGAAGCGGCAGUCCAACCAAACUGGAGGAGUUCACAUUGUACAGAAGAUAGAAGGCUGUGAAUGGAAUGAAAACACUGGAGAAGUGAAUGGUGUACUUCAGUAUGGAUAUGAUGGAGAAGGCUUUCUUGAAUUUGAUUUUCAGAGACUAACAUGGAUUCCACUGAAACCAGAGGCUGUCAUAUUCACAGAGAAUCUCAUAAGUGAUAGAAAUGACGAAAAAGACUACUUCACUAAGAUUUGUCCACACAGGUUAAAGUGGUAUCUGGACAUUGGGAAAAGUUCCAUGCAAAGAACAGUUCUUCCAUCAGUGUCUCUUCUCCAGAAGACUCCCUCCUCUCCAGUCACAUGCCAUGCUACAGGUUUCUAUCCUGGCAAAGCCGUGAUGUUCUGGAGGAAAGAUGGAAAUGAGAUUCAUGAAAAUGUGUACCACACAGAUAAAGGAGAGAUUCUCCACAACCAUGACGGGACCUUCCAGUUAAGUGUUAACAUGAACGCUUCAUCAGUGCCAUCUGAAGACUGGACGAGCUACAGCUGUGUGUUCCAGUUCUCUGGUGUGGAGGACAACAUCAUCACCAAACUGAAUAAAUCAACGAUCAGGACCAAUUGGGAAAGGUGUGCUGACACGAAGAUAACCAUCACUGCUGUUGUGGUUGUUCUUGUUCUUCUCAUCCUCGUUGCUGCAGUUGGAUUUGUUGUUUACAAAAAGAAGAAAUGUGAGGGCUCUAAAGGAGCUCCUAACAACCUCUCUGAACUGUCUGAGAGACUGAAUCCAGAGACCACAUAAACCUGCACACAGAGAUUGCUUCACUUUUAAACAGUAAAAAUCACAGGAAAAAGUUUCAAAGCAGUGUUUCCACUUCAUUGUAUUUCAGGUAUUUAGAUUUUCUGAAAUGCCCCAAAUUGUUAACAUUCUUUUAUUCUGUUAUUUAUUACUGACAUGCCCCCACAGGCAGAGAAGUGCAGGCAGAUCAGAAGAUAUUCAAGCGAAACUGAUCUGAGAUGUGCUAACCACAUAAGUUAAACAUAUAACACUGUAACCACAAACCUAGAAAACCUAAUGAACUGCACUUGUCAGUGAGCGGUUAACCAGU